AUGGCCGCAUGGAAACUUGGCUCUGCCCUUGCCUGCGGUAACACAACCGUGUUGAAGGCUUCAGAACAGACACCAUUAUCGGCACUGUAUCUGGCCGCUCUUAUAAAAGAGGCAGGAUUUCCACCUGGAGUGGUGAACAUUAUCAAUGGACUUAGUAGGGUCGCAGGCGAGGCGCUUGCCAACCAUCCCAACAUUGACAAGAUUGCAUGCACUGGCAGUACAAUUACUGGACGUACUAUCAUGAGAGCAGCUGCUGGUUCGCUCAAGAACAUCACCCUCGAGACCGGUGGCAAAAGCCCGCUACUUGUCUUUGAUGACGCUGAUAUUGAUCAGGCGAUCAAAUGGUCCCAUGCAGGCAUUAUGGGCAAUAUGGGCCAAACUUGUACCGCGACAUCAAGAAUCUAUGUCCAGGAAUCUAUACACGAUACCUUUUUAAGCCGCUUCAAGGAAUACACCAAAGCCUAUACUACCAUUGGAAGUCAAUUUGAUGAGAACGUGACGCAUGGCCCACAGGUUUCUAAAGCCCAACUGGAAAGAAUAUUAGCCUACGUCGAGGCAGGCAAAGCUGAGGGAGCAAAGCUGGUCCAAGGCGGCAGCGCAAUGUCCGAGAAGGGGUUUUUCAUGGAACUAACCAUCUUCUCGAAUGUUCAUAGUAACAUGAAUAUUGUACAAGAAGAGGUAUGUGGGCCCUUUGUCGUUAUCCAGGCAUUUACAGAUGCAGACGACGCAGUGGCCAAAGUCAACGGAUCCGAGUUUGGCCUGGGGGCUUCGAUUUUCACCAGAGACCUCGUGCGGGCGCAUACUAUUGCCGACGGGAUCGAAGCUGGUACUGUCUGGGUCAACAGCUCUCAGGAUUCACAUUUCGGUAUCCCUUUCGGUGGCCAUAAACAAAGUGGCAUUGGUACAGAAUCGGGCGAGUAUGCGUUAUCCGCGUAUACACAGGUGAAAGCGAUCCAUGUUAAUCUAGGUAACUGGCUUUGA